AUGCAGGUAGAAACAUCACCUUGUUGUCUGCUUAGUGUAAGAGUGAUCAGAGCAAGGAAUCUCCGGCGAGCAGAUACCCUCAGCCACACUGAUUGCUAUUUGACCCUAUGGCUGCCAACGGCUUCUUCCGAAAGGUUCCAGACAAAGACAGUUCAAAAUUCUAAAGACCCAGUCUGGAACGAAACUUUCCAUUUCAUGGUCCAGAGCAAAGUGAAGAACAUGCUGGAGCUGAGUGUCUUCGAUGAGGAUGUCUGCCAAGAUGAACAACUUUUCACUGUUCGCUUUGAUAUAGCUAGACUCCCACUAAAUGAAAAAGUGCUCUUGUACUUUAACUCCAAUCCAAAGGAUCAGGAGGAGCUGGAAGUGGAAUUUGAGUUACGAAACAGUUUGAGUGUUCCUGAAACCAUUGUUACGAAUGGAACUCUUGUGGCUCGUGAAGUUUGUUGUCUGGAAUUUGAAAUAGAGAAGGAAAAAAGACAGAAAUCAAAACAUGAACUAUCCCUUAUGAUGAAAGGAUCCCAUGAAGGACACCAGGAACUUAGUUCAGGCCAGUCUUCAUUCCACUAUGUCAAAUAUAAGCACCCAACAAUGGAUGUUAAACUACCGAAGAAGGAUCUAGAUUAUGCCUUUGGGCCAUGCUCUUAUAACAGGAAAGAAAGGUCCCUCAGAGUGGAUAUAAAUUCACUUCCUACAAGCAAGAAAAUAGUGCUCGCAGAGAAUAAAAAAAUUGCAUUGCAUGUGAAAACAGAAGUCUGCCAGACUGGCUUAGAUGUGCGCUUGGGAUAUGGCCUUUGUACACAGGAGCAAGAUUUCUUGUGCAAAAGGCAGAAGAUUGUUGCUGGUGCGUUGAAAAAUGUUCUCAAACUAGAAAAGGACCUGCAUGAUCAUGAGGUUCCAGUAGUUGCAAUUAUGACAACAGGGGGCAGUACAAGAUCACUGACUGCGUUCUAUGGAAGCCUACGAGGUCUUCAGAAGUUAAAUCUCUUGGAUUGUGCUACAUACAUAACCGGUUUGUCUGGCACAACAUGGACCAUGGGAAACUUGUACAGAGAUGCUUGUUGGUCCAAAAAAGAUUUGGAUGAGCAAAUCAAUGAGGUUAAAAAACAUGUGACCAAAUGCAAGCUGGAUGGCUUUUCCAUAGAGCGUUUGAAAUAUUACAACAGGCAGCUGCGUCAGCGGAAAGAAGAGGGACAAAAGACAUCCUGUAUAGACCUAUGGGGGCUCCUUAUUGAAUAUUUGUUACAUGAUGGGAAAGACAACCAUAAACUGUCUGAACAGCAGCAAGCAAUUAAUGAGGCCCAGAAUCCUUUACCAAUCUACACUGCAAUCAAUGUUAAAGAGAAGUACAGCACUAUGGAUUUCAAUGAAUGGAUUGAGUUCACACCCUAUGAAGUGGGGAUACUAAAAUAUGGAGCUUUUGUCCGUGCUGAAGAUUUUGGAAGUGAAUUCUUUAUGGGACGUCUGAUGAAGAGGAUUCCAGAGACUCGGAUCUGUUACAUGCAAGGCAUGUGGAGUAGUAUAUUUUCCCUGAAUUUGCUGUAUUUCUGGAAUACAUCUCACAGCUCAGAGGACUUCUGGCACAAGUGGACACAAGACCAAAUAGCUGACAUUGAUACAGAACCUCAUCUACCCACUCGACCGCAUGAGCAAAAGACACACCUGCACACGCCUGCUGGACCACUAUCCAGUGCAUUUAGAGAUGUUCUUACUGAUCGCCUAUCAGUUGCCCAGUACCACAAUUUUCUCAGAGGUCUGCAACUGGACAAUGGCUACCUUGAGAAUGACAGUUUCUGUAGAUGGAAAGGUACUAUACUCGAUGCUGCUUCACCCAAUCAGCUGACUCAAACAGAAGAGUACUUGUCACUAGUAGAUACUGGAUUCUUCAUCAAUACAAGCGCUGCACCUUUACUGAGAAAAGAGAGGAAGGCGGACGUUAUCAUACAUCUAAAUUACAGUGCAGGGUCACAGUUGUUGCCCCUGGAACAGUCAUGCAAGUACUGUGCAGAACAAGGAAUCCCAUUUCCCAAAGCUGUGAUACAUGAAGAUGACAAACACUUGAAGGAAUGCUAUUUGUUUGACAAUGCAGAGAAUCCAGAAGCACCAAUAUUAGUAUUUUUUCCACAAGUGAAUGAUAGUUUUCGCUACUACAAAGCACCCGGUGUUAAACGCUCUGCAUCAGAAAUGAAAGAAGGCAACGUUGAUGUCUCCAGUGACUCCACCCCUUACUCUACUUACUCACUGACAUUCAGCGAGGAAGAGUACGAUCAACUAGUGAAACUGAGUGAAUACAACAUUCUGAAUAACCAACAUAUGAUCCUGGAAGCUUUGCAUAUGGCAGUGGAACAGAAAAAAAUACUGAAGAAGUGCAUGAAAUGAGAUGCUGGAAUAUGGAGCCAAGCUCUCUGAGCACUCAUAAAUCUCACUGAACUUUAAUUUGGACCAAGAGACCCUAUGAGAUAAGGCAAGCAAUUCAACUCAGGAUGUCAACAAAAGUUAUCUUUUUCCAAGACUGCUUGUGCUUUUUUUUGAGUGACUGAGAUUCUAAAUCAGCAUGUCACACAUUUGCAAACUCAGCAUCAGCUGUGCUGAUUCUCCCAAGUUGGUUGCUGUGAAUCUAUCUGUACUUAGCAGGAUUAAGGAUUAUUGUGUUGGUAUCCUGUCUAUGGACUUCCCAUAGACUUCUGUUUAACUAAGAUGAGAACAGGAUGCCAGACUUGGAUGGACUUUGGCUCUGAUCCAGCAGGGCUACUAUUAUGUUCUUAUCUCAGGAACAAACCAAUUGUCAUGCAAAACUUAUAAUAUAGCUCCAGAUCCCUUAUGUAACAGGCACCAACUCUUACAUUUCAUUUCUGGGUUUGCUGUUACUAUUGGGUAGGGGGCGGGGCGGAGGGAGGUGCAGACUUUUGAUAGCAACCAUCAGUGAUCUACCAGCACAUCCUUGUGUGUUUACUAAUAAUAAUAAUAAUUAAUAGUUAAUAAUAAUAAUAAUAAUAAUAAUAAUAAUAAUAAUAAUAAUAAUUUAUUUAUACCCCGCCCAUCUGGCCGGGUCUCCCUACGUUCUUACUCCAACGUAGAAGCUUAUCCACACUUCCACUUGUGCCAUACCAAGUCUAUGCGACUAGAUUCUUUCAAUACUUAAUUUAUUGACAGCAGCCUGAACUCAGCAGUGUGGCUUUCGCUUCUGCUGCUGCUCUGUUUGGCUUUUGUGGUUAACUAAUCAAUAUUAAGGGACCCAGGUGGCACUGUGGGUUAAACCACAGUCUAGGGCUUGCUGAUCAGAAGGUCGGCGGUUCGAAUCCCUGCAACGGGGUGAGCUCCUGUUCUCGGUCCCAGCUCCUGCCCACCUAGCAGUUCGAAAGCACAUCAAAGUGCAAGGAGAUAAAUAGGGGCCGCUCCGGCGGGAAGGUAAACAGCUUUUCCGUGCGCUGCUCUGGUUCGCCAGAAGCAGCUUAGUCAUGCUGGCCACAUGACCCGGAAGCUGUCUGCGGACAAACGCCGGCUCUCUCGGCCUAUAGAGCGAGAUGAGCGCCGCAACCCCAGAGUCGGACACGACUGGACCUGAUGGUCAGGGGCCCCUUUACCUUUAAUCAAUAUUAAAGAAAACAUGGUUGUUGGCUCAAGUUAUUAUUUGUAAGAUUAGAAAAAUAAAACAUGUUCAGUUCGAUAAUAAUGAUGUACGUAAUGGGGUGUAUCUAGUUUCUGACUGGAGAAAUGCUCUUCCUGCUUUUGGGCUUCCCAUGAGCAUCUGGGAAAACAGGAUGCUAGGCUAAAUGGGCCACUGGCCUGAAUCAAGGGGGCCCUUCUUAUGUUCUUAUGAGCAGUACAUUUCUAGCAGCUUUCUUCAAGUAUUCAAUUCCAGUAACAGAGCAACCUGAGCAACCCAAGUACUCUUGAGUAUCACAUAACUACUGCCAAAUA